UAUUAGAUUUUAACUAAAGUUAAAAAUUCCAAAAAAAUAUUUUACAUUUUUCUAAUCGUAGAAAGUUUUUAUUCUAUAACUACGUUGCAGUGAAUUCAUGGUUCCUGAUAAGCGUGUGGCCAUGACAACAAUAACAAAGAAUGACUGGGUGGUUUUCUUUAUUUAAAUAGUUAGAAAAUAGAAUAUAAAUAUUAGAUAAUAGUAAACAUUAAACAAUAUUUUUAGUUAGUUAAUUUACACUUUUUUAGAAAAAUUUUUUUUAUAAAUUUAACAUAAUGUUGAUUACUGUCACAACACACGACGACCACUUGUUUGUACUCGACGUAAGCGAGGACUUAGAAUUAAUCAAUUUCAAGGCACUUUGUGAAGUAGAAACUGGAAUACCAUCACAGGAGAUUGGGCUUACACACAAUGGUCAGCUUUUGGUUGACGAUUUUAAAACGAUGAAAAUCUUGGGUGUUCAUGAUGGAGAUGUUAUUAUAAUUCAAAGAGUUGCAAGUAGUGUUACUGCAAUGGAUCACUCAUUUAGUAGCCCAAGCAAUAACGUGUUACCACAAUUUGACUUUAGCCGUAUUCAAGUACCUGGUUCAUCUAAUAGCAACACAGACAGUAACAGACAACAUCAAAUGCAGGAUGCAGAGUAUGUUAGGAACUUAUUUCUCUCCAGUCCAGAACAGCUAGCACUCCUGAAGCAAAAUAAUCCCAGACUUGCAGAUACAUUGACCUCUAACAAAAUAGAAGAAUUUGCUAAUGUCAUGGCUGAGCAAAUGGAAGAACGUAAAAAGCGUGAGGACCAAAGAAUUAGAAUGAUGAAAGCUCAUCCAUUUGAUUCUGAAGCACAGAAAUUAAUAGCAGAAGAAAUUCGUCAAAAAAACAUUGAAGCUAACAUGGAAGCUGCUAUGGAGUAUAAUCCAGAAAUGUUUGGAACAGUUGUCAUGCUUUAUAUCAAUUGUAAAGUGGAUGGAUAUCCUGUGAAAGCAUUUAUUGAUUCUGGAGCUCAAACUACAAUAAUGUCGUCUGCUUGUGCUGAACGAUGCAACAUCAUGCGUUUAGUUGACAGUAGAUGGGCUGGAUUAGCUAAAGGUGUUGGCGUUCAAAAAAUUAUUGGCAGGAUACACAUGGUUCAAGUUGCAAUUGAAAAUGAUUUCUUAACAACUAGUUUUUCUGUUCUUGAAGAUCAGCCCAUGGACAUGCUUCUUGGAUUAGACAUGCUAAAAAGACAUCAAUGUUGCAUAGACCUGGAACAUAACGUUUUGAAAAUUGGAACAACAGGGACUGAAACACCAUUUUUACCUGAAAAUGAAUUGCCAGAUUGUGGUCGUCUAACUACAUCCAGUGAUCAUGAUGGAAAUAAAAAUGAAGAUAAAGAACUAAGAAAAGCUAUAGAUGAAAGCAAAAAAAUGCAACAAAGUAGUGACAAGAGGAGAAGAGAUGCCUACUUUUUCCAAAUUACACAUUUCCCAUUAUUUCCAGGUACCAGCAGUAACUCUAGUCAUUCUUUUAAAGAAAGUGAUAUUAUAGAACUGAUCAACUUAGGAUUUUCUAGAGAGCAGGUUAUUCAAGAAUUAAAAAGAUUUAAUGGAAAUAAGAACGAAGCUAUGGCCUCCUUAUUUGCAAAAAUAUUAAAAUUUUGACAGUUGUCAGAAAUGUUUAACAAAAUUAAUAUAAAAUAUUCUUCCUCUUCGAGACUGUUUCUAUUUUCCAGUCAAUUUUAGUUUUAAUUUUUCAAAUUUGUAUUUCAUUAUUUUUAUAAUUUUUGGCUGAAUUUCUAUAUAUAUUGUUUACAAUAAAUUAAUUUAACAAUACAUUUUUAAAAUGAAACUUAUAAAUACCUGAAAAUGUAUAAUAUUUUUAGUUACAUUGCAUGUCUGAUUUAUAUAAAGUGAUGUUAUCUAUUUAAAAUAUUAAUAAAGUCAUUUAAAUAAAGGGUAUUUAUGAGUUUCUAAUAAAAUUCCUUUUUAGUAAUUUUUCUCUCCUUGGUAAAAUGUUAACUUCUUUUUAUUUAGAGACUGUAUUUUCAAUAUAAUGACUUUUUGUCUAUUAUUUACACAAUUAUAUAAAUUCAUCAAAGGUGUUAAGUUUUUGUACGGUUUAUGUAGUCUUAUUUUAAAAGUAAAUAAUAACAAAUAAAUGAGGUUUGGGAUUAUUAACCACAGCAAUGAUAAAAUAAUAUAUUUCAAUAUUUGUAGUUUUGCAUUACCUAAAAUAUUGUGUUCAAAACAAAUGCAUGAUUGUAUAAAAUAAAAAUAAUUUAAAAACA